GGUGAGGAUGAUGGGAGGGACCUGGAGAAAAUGGAGGAGAAGAUCUGGGACCCCAACAGCUCACUGACAGAGAAACAGAUUGAUCAGUUUUUAGUAGUAGCACGGUCAGUAGGUACCUUUGCCAGAGCUUUGGAUUGCAGUAGCUCUGUCCGACAGCCCAGCCUACAUAUGAGUGCUGCUGCAGCCUCCAGGGACAUCACCUUGUUGCCCUGGAAAUCCCUGACGAGUAUUAUUGAGUAUUACUACAUGUGGAAGACCACAGAUAGAUAUGUACAGCAGAAACGAUUAAAAGCAGCCGAGGCAGAAAGCAAGUUGAAGCAGGUCUACAUCCCCAACUAUAACAAGCCAAACCCUAACCAGCUGAGUAACAAUGUAAAGCCAGCUCUGGUAAAUGGAGCAGCGGGUACAGUGGGUACAGUGGGUACAGUGGGCACAGUGGGCACAGCGGGUACAGCGGUCCCAGGACCUCCAGGCUCGGUGCCGACCCCAGGCUUGGGUAGAGCCUGUGAAAGCUGCUACAGUAAGUCAUUCUGUUGUGUCCUGUUAUUGUGCAAAUGCAGUAGCUACUGUUAUUUGUGUCCUGGUGUAAGAGUUCUUUCUCCUCCUUAGAGGAAAUGAGAUUGUCGUGAUAGAUAUACAGUCAAAGCCUCAGAUGUUUUGCAAAUCCUAAUCAGUUUUGAUGCGACAAUUAAACAUCUUUCAGUCUCGGUGUGAAAAUCUAUUUGCUUCUUUAAUUGCGCUCGAUAAUUA